AUGGAUGGUUAUAAUGAUAUUGACCUAUACAUGUAUGGUUCUACCAUAUGUGCUUACUUGUCUAUACUUUGCCAUGAAAGAAUAGGAACUGAAGUGACAAUGUACACUUGUGAAGACAUAAUCGUUAGUCACAAUGAUGAAAAUGAAUUACAAAUGUUGAAAACUGGGCUAAGAGAAUUUCUGUGUCGGAAAGUGCCAGAUAAUGAUGUUGUUUUCUUUCCAGUUUGUAAGAAUAGUCAUUGUUAUGUAAUUGUUGUUUUGACCAAACUGUAUACUGUAUUAUAUCUAGAUAGUUUGGGUUUAGUAAAACGGAAAGACUUAAGUUUUGUUAUGAAAAUAUUCAAGUUAUAUGCCAACUUCAAUGACCAAGAAUUUGAUGAAAAUCGAUAUAGCUAUUAUGCACCAGGUGUUUAUCGGCAAACAAAUGGUUACAAUUGUGGAGCUUAUGCAUGCAUGUUUGGAGAAGCAAUUAUUUUAGGGGACAAUUCUUCUUAUACAAUUCCAAUAAACGGUAACUUGGAGGAAUAUCGAAUACACAUUAAGGAUAAAAUAUUGGAGUAUAUGCAUAAAAAUUCCACAUUACCCAAUGAAUAUGACUUUGAUAAGUUAAAAUUUAAGAAAUUUCUUUUUAAAUGCACCAUUAAUAUCCAAGAAUCAGUUUCAAAAGAAAUCCCAUUUCGUGGAGAUGCAAUGACAUAUCUUGGCCAAAUUGCUAGUACAUAUUGGCAAUCUGUAGAGUGUAGUGUAUGUGAAAAGAAGAAUACUUCUGAUAAUUCGCACAACAUUACAAAGCAAUGGGUUUAUUGCAAAAAUGGUAACCACUGGUUACAUUGGUCAUGUGUCGGAAUAAAUGCAACUAAAGAAUUGCCAAUCGACUCAUACACAUUCCCCAGAUGUGAAGAUGAACAAUUCAGUGAAUAA